AUGCCUGUCCUCCCUGCUAGGUGCCUGCCCUCCCUGCUAUGUGCCUGUCCUCCCUGCUAUGUGCCUGUCCUCCCUGCUAGGUGACUGCCCUCCCUGCUAGGUGACUGCCCUCCCUGCUAGGUGCCUGUCCUCCCUGCUAGGUGACUGCCCUCCCUGCUAGGUGACUGUCCUCCCUGCUAGGUGCCUGUCCUCCCUGCUAGGUGACUGUCCUCCCUGCUAGGUGACUGUCCUCCCUGCUAGGUGACUGCCCUCCCUGCUAGGUGCCUGUCCUCCCUGCUAGGUGCCUGUCCUCCCUGCUAGGUGACUGCCCUCCCUGCUAGGUGACUGCCCUCCCUGCUAGGUGACUGCCCUCCCUGCUAGGUGACUGUCCUCCCUGCUAGGUGACUGCCCUCCCUGCUAGGUGACUGUCCUCCCUGCUAGGUGCCUGUCCUCCCUGCUAGGUGCCUGUCCUCCCUGCUAGAUGACUGUCCUCUAGAUGCCUGUCCUCCCUGCUAGGUGCCUGUCCUCCCUGCUAGGUGACUGCCCUCCCUGCUAUGUGCCUGUCCUCCCUGCUAGGUGACUGCCCUCCCUGCUAGGUGACUGCCCUCCCUGCUAGGUGACUGCCCUCCCUGCUAGGUGACUGCCCUCCCUGCUAGGUGACUGCCCUCCCUGCUAGGUGACUGCCCUCCCUGCUAGGUGACUGCCCUCCCUGCUAGGUGCCUGUCCUCCCUGCUAGGUGCCUGUCCUCCCUGCUAGGUGCCUGUCCUCCCUGCUAGGUGACUGCCCUCCCUGCUAUGUGCCUGUCCUCCCUGCUAGGUGACUGCCCUCCCUGCUAGGUGCCUGUCCUCCCUGCUAGGUGCCUGUCCUCCCUGCUAGAUGCCUGUCCUCCCUGCUAGAUGACUGCCCUCCCUGCUCAGUCAUCUUAAUUUACAUUUAUGUCAUUUAGCAGACGCUCUUAUCCAGAGAGACUUACAGUUAGUGUGUGCAUACAUUUUCAUACUGCCCCCCCCCCCCCCCAUGGGAAACGAACCCACAACCCUGGCGUUGCAAGCGCCAUGCUCUACCAACUGAGCUACAGGGGACAGUUAAUGAUGUAACUGUGCUGAAGGAGGACCUAACCUAAAUGAGUUAAUUCUUCUUCUGUUGGACAGCAGUAGUGCAUCUCAGUCAAGAUUUGCAUACUAGCCUACUUUAUGCAAAUAAUAUUAUUUAUUUUAUGUUAAUUGAGUUCACUGGAAGGCGACACGUGGUUUACUCAAUAAACAAAAGAAAAGUUCCUACAAUUUGAAUUAUAUGAAUCAUUAAAUAGUCGUUUUUAAUUACUCAAGGGUUUCACAUCACAGAACCAUAGAGAUCAUAUAAUGUAAUUCCUUGGAUAGAAUCGUGAACAUACUGUAUCAGAACGUCACUGAGAACAGACAUUCUCAGUGGUGGAAUAGCAUUCACUCUAGUAAAUCUGAUCUCAGGACUGUAUGUGUUUGUGUCGUGUCUGUAACAACAGGAACACUUAACCAAGAUACAGAUGUCUGUUAGACCUGUGUUACUCAGUAUCAGAUAGGACGUUUGUAUUAGACCUGUGUUACUCAGUAUCAGAUAGGACGUGUGUAUUAGACCUGUGUUACUCAGUAUCAGAUGGGACGUGUGUAUUAGACCUGUGUUACUCAGUAUCAGAUAGGACGUGUGUGUUUGUGUGGGCAGUUUUAUCAGUUCUCUCAGAAACGUUGCAUCAGUUUGGAAACAUGAUGACUAUACAGUGUGUGUGUGGAGAGUGAGUGAGAAAGAGAGAGUGAGAGAAUAAGAGAGAGAGAGUGAGAGCGAGAGAGAGAAUGGGAGAGAGUGUGUGUGCAAUACUUACUUUGUAUUUGGACUGGCUAUGCAAAAUGAUAACUGAGCAAGUUCAAGCACAUCAGUACUCCAUAGGCAAUAUCAUGUUUAACAGAAACUGAAAAUGAUAUUUCAGUCAUGUAGUUUGGGGAAAUUCCCUCCUGCCCAGAAAGGAUGGAGAACAUAGAGUUUACAUGAGGAAAGAGUCACACUUUCAACUUUCAAAUUCUAUGUUUUUGUCCCUUUAUCAAAAGUCCUUGCAGCAAACUUUAAAACAAAGUAAAUGUUUGGGGUUCUGGAAUCCCCAAAAUAAACAAUGCCUAUAAAAAGCCUUGAGAGCAAAGUCUGGUGUGCAUGAGAUGAGUCACACUUCAUUGACAUGUUUUUACCGUAGCAAGUUCAAUGUAUUUUUUACUUAUCUACCUCUGCUCGUUGUGUGUGUGUGUGUGUGUGUGUGUGUGCACACUGUAAUACUCAUGAAGAAACUAGUCACACAUUGACUUAUAAUAUUAUAUAUGUGUUUAUCAACCUCUUUUCAACCUCUGUAUGUGUUGUUGUUGUGUGUGUGUGUGUGUGUGUGUGUGUGUGUGUUCCCAGGUCAUUGGCAGUGGGAACCAAGACAGGCUAUAAGCUGUUCUCUGUGACCUCAGUGGACAAACUGGACUGCAUCUACGAGAGCGGUUAGUAUAGCCCCGUCCCAAACAAACCCCUUGACCCUUACCCUAGUCCCCGUCCCAAACAAACCCGUCCCAAUCAAACCCCUUCUCUUAGAACUCGUCCCAAACAAACCCCUAGACCCUUCCCCUAGACCCUUCCCCUAGAACCCGUCCCAAACAAACCCCUUCCCCUAGAACCCGUCCCAAACAAACCCCUAGACCCUUCCCCUAGAACCCGUCCCCCAAAAAAACCUUCCCCUAGAACCCGUCCCAAACAAACCCCUAGACCCUUCCCCUAGAACCCGUCCCAAACAAACCCCUUCCCCUAGAACCCGUCCCAAACAAACCCCUAGACCCUUCCCCUAGAACCCGUUCCAAAAAAAAACCUUCCCCUAGAACCCGUCCCAAACAAACCCCUAGACCCUUCCCCUAGAACCCGUCCCCCAAAAAAAACCUUCCCCUAGAACCCAUCCCAAACAAACCCCUUCCCCUAGAAUAUACUUAGUUCCAACACCUCUGCCUCUCUCUGAUAGGCUGCCUGUACUCUGACUCCUAUACCAGAGCCUUGUACAGUGCCUUCGGAAAGUAUUCAUACCCCUUGACUUUUUCCACAUUUUGUUACGUUACGGCCUUGUUCUAAAAUGGAUUAAAUAAAUACAAAUCAUCAGCAAUCUACACACAAUACCCCAUAAUGAAAAAGUGAAAACAGGUUUUUAGAAAUAAACAACUGAAAUACCUUAUUUACAUAAGUAUUCAGACCCUUUGCCAUGAUACUCGAAAUUGAGCUCAGGUGCAUCCUGUUUCCAUUGAUCAUCCUUGAGAUGUUUCUACAACUUGAUUUGAGUCCACCUUUGGUAAAUUAAAUUGAUUGGACAUGAUUUUGAAAGGCACGCACCUGUCUAUAUAAGGUCCCACAGUUGACAGUGCAUGUCAAAGCAAGAACCAAGCCAUGAGGUCAAAGGAAUUGUCCGUAGAGCUCCGAGACAGGAUUGUGUCGAAGCACAGAUCUGGGGAAGGGUACCAAAAAUAUUCUGCAGCAUUGAAGGUCCCCAAGAACACAGUGGCCUCCAUCAUUCUUAAAUGGAAAAAGUUUGAAACCACCAAGACUCUUCCUAGAGCUGGCCGCCCGGCCAAACUGAGCAAUCGGGGGAGAAGGGCCUUGGUCAGGGAGGUGACCAAGAAAUCGAUGGUCACUCUGACAGAGCUCUAGAGUUCCUCUGUGGAGAUGGGAGAACCUUCCAGAAGGACAACCGUCUCUGCAGCACUCCACCAAUCAGGCCUUUAUGGUAGAGUGGCCAGACGGAAGCCACUCCUCAGUAAAAGGCACAUGACAGCCCGCUUGGAGUUUGUGAAAAGGCACCUAAAGACUCUCAGACCAUGAGAAACAAGAUUAUCUGGUCUGAUGAAACCAAGAUUGAACUAUUUGGCCUGAAUGCCAAGCGCCACGUCUGGAGGAAACCUGACACCAUCCCUACGGUGAAGCAUGGUGGUGGCAGCAUCAUGCUGUGGGGAUGUUUUUCAGCAACAGGGACUUGGAGACUAGUUAUGUACGAGGCAAAGAUGAACAGAGCAAAGUACAGAGAGAUCCUUGAUGAAAACCUGCUCCAGAGCGCUCAGGACCUCAGACUGGGGCGAAGGUUCACCUUCCAACAGGACAACGACCCUAAGCAUACAGCCAAUUCAACGCAGGAGUGGCUUCAGGAUAAGUUUCUGAAUGUCCUUGAGUGGCCCAUCCAGAGCCCGGACUUGAACCCGAUUGGAGAGACCUCAAAUUAGCUGUGCAGCAACGCUCCCUAUCCAACAUGACAGAGUUUGAGAGGAUCUGCAGAGAACAAUGGGAGAAACUCUCCAAAUACAGGUGUGCCAAGCUUGUAGCGGCAUACCCAAGAAGACUCAAGGCUGUAAUCGCUGCCAAAGGUGCUUCAACAAAGUACUGAGUAAAGGGUCUGAAUACUUAUGUAUAUGUGAUAUUUCCGUUUAUUUAUUUAUUUAUAAAUUAGCUAAAUUUUAUAACAACCAGUUUUUGCUUUGUCAUUAUGGGUUAUUGUGUGUAGAUUUAUGAGGGGGGGAAAACAAUUUAAUACAUUUUAGAAUAAGGCUGUAACAUAACAAAAUGUGGACAAAAUGUGUCUGAAUACUUUCCGAAGGCACUGUAUUGGGAUCUGAUAUGAUCUCCCUUCAAGGCUCUGACUCAUACAGUACUCUGCUCUGCCAAGCUGUAGCAUUGUUCAGCCCAUAUAUAGGAUCUCAUUCUAGUUCUGUCCAGCCUUUCUCUGGGCAUUAGUGUCAGUUACAGGGAAAUUCAUUGGCAGUCCUCUUCCAGUGACGGGUAAUUCUCUGUUAGUCUACUUCCUUGUGGUGAAUCACUGGCUGUGUUCCAAACUUCAUAGAGCCCUAUGGCCCUUAGUCAAAAGUAGUGCACUAUAUAGGCAAUAGGGUGUAAUUUGGGUUGCAGACACUGUGUGUAGACUGAUAACUGGUUGACAGACAACAGUGGAUAGAUGGAUCACUUCACUAGCCACCAGUCUCUGGUCAUUUACUGCUCAGUUCAUUAUUACUGGCAGACAGACACAGUGAUACGGUGUGGAGAUAGCGUCCUGCCGUGGUUGGUUUCUAAUACCAGGCUACCUCAGCCCCCCAGGACACUAAUACCAGGCUACCUCAGCCCCCCAGGACACUAAUACCAGGCUACCUCAGCCCCCCCCAGGACACUAAUACCAGGCUACCUCAGCCCCCCAGGACACUAAUACCAGGCUACCUCAGCCCCCCAGGACACUAAUACCAGGCUACCUCAGCCCCCCAGGACAAUAAUACCAGGCUACCUCAGCCCCCCAGGACACUAAUACCAGGCUACCUCAGCCCCCCAGGACACUAAUACCAGGCUACCUCAGCCCCCCAGGACACUAAUACCAGGCUACCUCAGCCCUCCAGGACACUAAUACCAGGCUACCUCAGCCCCCCAGGACACUAAUACCAGGCUACCUCAGCCCCCCAGGACACUAAUACCAGGCUACCUCAGCCCUCCAGGACACUAAUACCAGGCUACCUCAGCCCUUCAGGACACUAAUACCAGGCUACCUCAGCCCCCCAGGACACUAAUACCAGGCUCCCCCCAUCCCCCUGUGUGUCACCCUUGCUCUCCCCCAUCAGAGACCCCAGAUGUGUACAUCGUUGAGCGGUUGUUCUCCAGCAGUCUGGUGGUGGUGGUUAGUCUCUCCAUGCCCCGACGUAUGAACGUCUACCACUUCAAGAAGGGAACGGAGAUCUGCAACUACAGCUACAGUAACCACAUCCUCUCUGUCAGACUCAACAGACAGGUAAUAGAACUACAGUAACCACAUCCUCUCUGUCAGACUCAACAGACAGGUAAUAGAACUACAGUAACCACAUCCUCUCUGUCAGACUCAACAGACAGGUAAUAGAACUACAGUAACAACAUCCUCUCUGUCAGACUCAACAGACAGGUACAGUAGAUUGGACACGUAUACAUACAUGGAUACACGCAGAUAUGCAUGGACAGAUAUGUAGGUCUCUUGCUAAACAACAAUGACAAUGUUUCAAUGGGAACUUGAGUGUUCUCUCUCUGUCUCUCUGUCUGUCUCUCUCUCUCUCUCUCUCUCUCUCUCUCGCCCUCUCUCUCUCUCUCCUGUAGAGGCUGGUGGUGUGUCUGGAGGAGUCAGUCUACAUACACAACAUCAAAGACAUGAAGCUGCUGAAGACCCUACUCAGCACGCCCUCCAACCCCUCAGGUAAACACACUAUAUACAGUGUCCAUACAGAACGGUGUUUCCCAAACCAGUGUGUCUGCUCUAUGUCUUUCUGAUGGGUUGGGAAAAGCAGAAGCUGUCUUUCUGUGGACUGAAAGGAAAAUGGAUCAAUAAAGUAUUUUUCUUCUGUUCAGGUCUGUGUGCUCUGUCCAUCAACCAUUCCAACUCCUACCUGGCCUACCCAGGCAGCUCCACCAUCGGAGAGAUCAUAGUUUAUGACGCCAACAACCUGGUAAGGCCUACUAUACUACUGAACUACUACUGAACAACUACUGUACUACUACUACUACUAUACUACCACUGUACUACUAUACUACUACUAUACUAAUAUACUACUAGUAUACUACUUUACUAUACUACUACUGUACUACUAUACUACUGUACUACAGUACUACUACUAUUGUACUACAGUACUACUACUAUUGUACUACUAUACUACUACACUACUGUAAUAUUACUGUACUACUAUACUACUUUACUAUACUACUGUACUACUACUAUACUAGUAUGAUACUGUACUACUACUAUACUAUUAUACUACUACUACUAUACUAUUGUACUACUGUACUACUAUACUACUACGGUACUACUAUACUACUGUACUACUAUACUAUUAUACUACUGUACUACGAUACUACGAUACUACUGUACUACUACUACCAUACUAUUAUACUCUCUCUCUCUCUCUCUCUCUCUCUCUCUCUCUCAGAGCACUGUGACAAUGAUCCCGGCCCAUGACAGUCCCCUGGCUGCUCUCACCUUCAACGCAUCAGGCACCAAGCUGGCCAGCGCCUCGGAGAGGGUAAGCACUGAGCACUACUAGGAUAGCUGCCCCUAGUGACAGGAGGCCAGCACUGCUUUUUGACAGCUUACCUGGAUAUUGUAGUUAGGCCCUGGCUAUGUCAAAAACAUUUAGUACUUGACUAGUAAUAGAUGUAUUCUGCUACAGCACAUACAGUGUCUUAUAAGCCCAUGUGGGCGGGGCAUCCUGAAGAGGCAUGACACCAUACUAAUAUAAUAAUACAGUGUAGCUAGACAGCCCUGACUAGGAGGGACUGACUCUCUUCCUGUCUCCCUUUAUUCCCCAACGCUUGGCUCUUCCUCUCUCCCGUCUUCAUAUCUCUGUCUCUCCCUCCCUCCCUCUCUCCCUCUCUCCUGCUCUCCCUCCCUCCCUCCCUCCCUCUCUCCAGGGUACUGUAAUCCGUGUGUUCUCCAUCCCAGAGGGACAGCGUCUGUUUGAGUUCCGCAGAGGGAUGAAGAGGUCAGAGUUCACACAACAGAACAUAAACUGUAUAAACACACGUUAUACUGUAACAGAACACAUAAAACACACAUUAUGAACAGGACCAACAGAACACAUAAAACACACCUUAUGAACAGGACCAACAGAACACAUAAAACACACCUUAUGAACAGGACCAACAGAACACAUAAAACACACCUUAUGAACAGGACCAACAGAACACAUAAAACACACCUUAUGAACAGGACCAACAGAACACAUAAAACACACCUUAUGAACAGGACCAACAGAACACAUAAAACACACCUUAUGAACAGGACCAACAGAACACAUAAAACACACCUUAUGAACAGGACCAACAGAACACAUAAAACACACCUUAUGAACAGGACCAACAGAACAACAUAAAACACACCCUUAUGAACAGGACCAACAGAACACAUAAAACACACCUUGUGAACAGGACUAACAGAACACAUAAAACACACCUUAUGAACAGGACUAACAGGACACAUAAAACACACCUUAUGAACAGGACCAACAGAACACAUAAAACACACCUUAUGAACAGGACCAACAGAACACAUAAAACACACCUUAUGAACAGGACCAACAGAACACAUAAAAACACACCCUUAUGAACAGGACCAACAGAACACAUAAACACACACCUUAUGAACAGGACUAACAGAAACACAUAAAACACACCUUAUGAACAGGACCAACAGAACACAUAAAACACACCUUAUGAACAGGACCAACAGAACACAUAAAACACACCUUAUGAACAGGACCAACAGAACACAUAAAAACCACCUUAUGAACAGGACCAACAGAACCACAUAAAACACACCUUAUGAACAGGACCAACAGAACACAUAAAACCACCCUUAUGACAGGACCAACAGACACAUAAACACACCUUAUGAACAGGACCAACAGAACACAUAAAACACACCUUAUGAACAGGACCAACAGAACACAUAAAAACACCACCUUAUGAACAGGACCAACAGAACACAUAAAACACACCCUUAUGAACAGGACCAACAGAACACAUAAAACACCCACCUCACAUAAAACACACCUUAUGAACAGGACCAACAGAACACAUAAAACACACCUUAUGAACAGGACCAACAGAACACAUAAAACACACCUUAUGAACAGGACCAACAGAACACAUAAAACACACCUUAUGAACAGGACCAACAGAACACAUAAAACACACCUUAUGAACAGGACCAACAGAACACAUAAAACACACCUUAUGAACAGGACUAACAGAACACAUAAAACACACCUUAUGAACAGGACUAACAGGACACAUAAAACACACCUUAUGAACAGGACCAACAGAACACAUAAAACACACCUUAUGAACAGGACCAACAGAACACAUAAAACACACCUUAUGAACAGGACCAACAGAACACAUAAAACACACCUUAUGAACAGGACCAACAGAACACAUAAAACACACCUUAUGAACAGGACCAACAGAACACAGGACAUUAUCGGACAUUUCCUCGUCUAGGUUCUCUAUUCCCGCCCCCAAUGAAAUAACGACCUAUCAGGAGCAUGGGAAACCGUAAGGAUUUUGCUGUGGUAAACAAAUAAAUACUUAAUUUCAGUGAUACGGAUUGAUUGUCAAAUAGUUAAAUCUACUCUUGGUCAGCUACAAAAGCAGGUUUAAUUUACACCGAUGAUAACACCCACCAGAGGGCGAAAAUGUCUUCAAAGACGUUGACCGCAAACAACACUAUAAUUAACACUGGCAACACUGCAGCCAUAGAUGUAAUCUCCAGAUUGGGGAGACAGGCAUGUGUUUAUUUUAAAUUUAUUUGACCUUUAUUUAACUAGGCAAGUCAUUUAAGAACAAAUUCUUAUUUACAAUGACGGCCUACACCGGCCAAACCCGGACGACGCUGGGCCAAUUGUGCGCCGCCCUAUGGGACUCCCGAGCACGGCCGGUUGUGAUACAGCCUGGAAUUGAACCAGAGGGUCUGUAGUGACGCCUCAAGCACUGAGAUGCAGGGUGAGAUGCAGUGCCUUAGACCGCUGCGCCACUCAGGAGCCCGAGUGGUGCAAUGCAGAGUAGUAGACUAACAUUAUGACAACAUCAGAACAGACUGAAGACAGGUUUCUGAGUUUAUAAGAAGCUCCACCACAUGGCUCAGUAUUGGAGUUGAGUCAUGUGGAAUAGAACAGGCAAAACAAGGGAAUAUCAAGCUGAAAUGUUUUGCGUUUCAAAUGCAUCUUUCAUAGAUAGAUGACGUCAUUGGUGUAAUUAAGUUCUUACUAACAGUAUGAGUGUAGAAGAGACUUAUAAUAACUUCCUGUGUGUGUGUGUCUGCAGGUACGUCAACAUCAGUUCCCUGUCCUUCAGUCCUGACGCCCAGUUCCUCUGUGCCUCCAGCAACACUGAGACCGUACACAUCUUCAAACUGGAACAGCAUGGACCCAGGUACACACACACAACCACACAAACACACACACACACACACACAGAAGGAGUCACCCUCAACCUGGCAAGUCUACAUGGGGAAAACACUCUCACUCUCUCUCUCUAUCCCCCUCUCUUUAACCCUGUAUCUCCCUGUCUCUCUCUGUGCAUCUCAAUGUCUCUCUGUGUAUCUCCCUGUCUCUCUGUGUAUCUCCCUGUCUCACUGUGUAUCUCCCUGUCUCUCUAACCCUGUAUCUCCCUGUCUCUCUAACCCUGUAUCUCCCUGUCUCUCUCUGUGUAUCUCCCUGUCUCUCUCUGUGUAUCUCCCCGUCUCUCUCUGUGUAUCUCCCCGUCUCUCUCUGUGUAUCUCCCUGUCUCUCUAACCCUGUAUCUCCCUGUUCUUCUAACCCUGUAUCUCCCUGUUCUUCUAACCCUGUAUCUCCCCGUCUCUCUCUGUGUAUCUCCCUGUCUCUCUAACCCUGUAUCUCCCUGUUCUUCUAACCGUGUAUCUCCCUGUUCUUCUAACCCUGUAUCUCCCCAUCUCUCUCUGUGUAUCUCCCUGUCUCUCUAACCCUGUAUCUCCCUGUCUCUCUACCUGGUAUCUCCCUGUCUCUCUCUGUGUAUCUCCCUGUCUCUGUGUAUCUCUUCUCUGUGUAUCUCCCUGUCUCUCUAACCCUGUAUCUCCCUGUCUCUCUAACCCUGUAUCUCCCUGUCUCUCUCUGUGUAUCUCCCCGUCUCUCUCUGUGUAUUCCUCGUUCUUCUGUAUCUCCCUGUCUUCAACCCUGUAUCUCCCUGUCUCUUCUAACCCUGUAUCUCCCGUCUUCUGUGUAUCUCCCUGUCUCUCUAACCCUGUAUCUCCCUGUCUCUCUCUGUGUAUCUCCUGUUCUUCUCUUGUAUCUCCCUGUCUUCUAACCCUGUAUCUCCCUGUCUCUCUCUGUAUCUCCCUGUCUCUCUGUGUAUCUCCCUGUCUCUCUGUGUAUCUCUGUCUCACUGUGUAUCUCCCUGUCUCUCUAACCCUGUAUCUCCCUGUCUCUCUGUGUAUCUCCCUGUCUCUCUGUGUAUCUCUGUCUCACUGUGUAUCUCCCUGUCUCUCUAACCCUGUAUCUCCCUGUCUCUCUAACCCUGUAUCUCCCUGUCUCUCUGUGUAUCUCCCUGUCUCUCGUGUAUCUCCGUCUCCACUGUGUAUCUCCCUGUCUCUCUAACCCUGUAUCUCCCUGUUCUUCUAACCCUGUAUCUCCGUUCUCUCUGUAUCUCCCGUUCUCUCUGUGUAUCUCCCUGUCUUCUCUGUGUAUCUCCUGUUCUCUAACCCUGGUAUCUCCCUGUCUCUCUAACCCUGUAUCUCCCUGUCUCUCUAACCCUGUAUCUCCCUGUCUCUCUCUGUGUAUCUCCCGUCUCUCUCCUGUAUCUCCCUGUCUCUUACCCUGUAUCUCCCUGUCUCUCUCGUGUAUCUCCCGUCUCUCUCUGGUAUCCCUGUAUCCUACCCUGUCUCCCUCUCUCCUGUGUAUCUCCCUGUCUCUCUCUGUGUAUCUCCCUGGUAUCUCCUUACCCGUCUCUCUCUCUGUGUAUCUCCCGUCUCUCCUGUAUCUCCCGUCUCUCUAACCCUGUAUCUCCGUCUCUCCUGUGUUCUCCCGCUCUCUCUGUGUAUCUCCUGUCUCUCUAACCUGUAUCCCCGUCUCUCCUGUGUAUCUCCCUGUCUCUCUAACCCUGUAUCUCCCUGUCUCUCUCUGUGUAUCUCCCGUCUCUCUCUGUGUAUCUCCCGGUCUCUCUAACCCUGUAUCUCCCUGUCUCUCUCUGUGUAUCUCCCGUCUCUCUAUCCCUGUUAUCUCCCUGUCUCGCUAACCCUGUAUCUCCCUGUCUCUCUCGUGUAUCUCCCUCUCUCCUGUGUAUCUCCGUCUCCUGCUGAUCUCCCUGUCUCUCUCUGUGUAUCUCCCUGUCUCUCUCUGUGUAUCUCCCUGUCUCUCUAACCCUGUAUCUCCCUGUCUCUCUCUGUGUUUCUCCCCAUCUCUCUCUGUGUAUCUCCCGGUCUCUCUCUGUGUAUCUCCCGGUCUCUCUAUCCCUGUUACUCCCUGUCUCGCUAACCCUGUAUCUCCCUGUCUCUCUAACCCUGUAUCUCCCUGUCUCUCUCUGUGUAUCUCCGUCUCUAUAACCCUGUAUCUCCCUGUCUCCCUUACCCUGUAUCUCCCUGUCUCUCUCGUGUAUCUCCCUGUCUCUCUCUGUGUAUCUCCCUGUAUCUCUCUAACCCUGUUAUCUCCCUGUCUCUCUCUGUGUAUCUCCCUCUCUCUCUGUGUAUCUCCCGUCUCUCUCUGUGUAUCUCCCUGUCUCUCUAUCCCUGUAUCUCCCUGUCUCUCUAACCCUGUAUCUCCCUGUCUCUCUAACCCUGUAUCUCCCUGUCUCUCUGUGUAUCUCCCGUCUCUCUAACCUGUAGUCUCUCCUGUGUCUCCCUGUACUCUUGUAUCUCCCUGUCUCUCUACCUGUUAUUCCCUGUCCUUUGUGUAUCUCUCACUGUUCGUCCUGCUGUAUCUCCCUGUCUCUCUCUGUGUAUUCCCUGUCUUCUCUGUGUAUCUCCCUGUCUUCUCUACCUUGUAUCUUCCUGUCUCUCUAAUCUGUAUCUCCUGUCUCUUACUGGUAUCUCCCUGUCUCUCUAACCCUGUAUCUCCCUGUCUCUCUCUAUGUAGUGGAGAGGAGGAGUGUCCUACCUGGGGAUCAUACGUAGGGAAGAUGUUCUCUGCAGCCAGCAGCUACCUCCCAGCCCAGGUGUCUGUCUUAUUUGCAUUUCCUUUCUUGUUCCCUGCAUGUUUAUAUAUUAUGCUUAUUCUUAUUCAAUACUAUUUCAAAUACUUUUUUAGUUGCUGUACUGAGAGGAGAUCUUGUAAGUAAGCAUGUCAUUGUACUGUGUACACCAAGCUGUAUCCUGUCAUACGACAAUAAACUUUGAUUGGAUUUGAGGUGUCUGGAGUGAUGAGUCAGGAAAGAGCCUUCGCCACUGUACGCCUCCUAGUGGCCGGGCAGAGGAACGUCUGUACCCUCGCCACGUGAGUCUCCCUGUGUGUGUGUGUGUGUGUAGGGCGUGUGUUUGUGUGUGUAGGGUGUGUGAGUUUGAGUUUGUGUGUAGGAUGUGUGUGUGUAGGGUGAGUGUGUGUGUGUGUGUGUGUGUGUGUAGGGUGUGUGUGUGUGUGUGUACUGUAUAGGGUGUUGGUGUGUGUUUUUGGUCUCAUUAGGUUUUGGUCUUCUAUUUGUUAUACACAGUAAUAGACAGUAUUACACAGUAAUAGACAGUAUUACACAGUAAUAGCCAUAGUAGACAAUAAUAUACAGUAUUACACAGUAAUAGACAGUAUUACACAGUAGUAGACAGUAUUACACAGUAGUAGACAGUAGUAGACAGUAGUAGACAGUAGUAGACAGUAUUACACAGUAUUAGACAGUAUUAGACAGUAUUACACAGUAAUAGACAGUAGUAUACAGUUACACAGUAGUAGACAGUAACAUACAGUAUUACACAGUAAUAGACAGUAGUAGACAGUUUAAAAUACUAUAUAGUAGAUCAUCCUGACCUGAUCCUAGAGUAAUGGCCAUAAUUGAUAGAGUGCUGUAUGUCCUGUUACACUGGGUGUGAGGGUGUCAUGGCUGGCUGUGUCUGUCUGUCAGGAUCCAGAAGCUUCCUCGUCUGCUGGUGGCCUCCUCCGACGGACAGCUGUUCAUCUAUAACGUAGACCCUCAGGACGGAGGAGAGUGUGUCCUGGCUCAGAAACACAGGUGAGAGGUCAACUCAGGUCAGAGGUCAAUCGAGGUCAGAAGCCCUUACUGCUGCUUUGCUAAUCAAACAAACUUCUGAAAGUGAUAUAUGGAAAACCAUCAUCUGCAACUUAUUCAAUACCAGACCUAGUAUUCAUGUUGUCAUCUGCAACUUAUUCAAUACCAGACCUAGUAUUCAUGUUGUCAUCUGCAACGUAUUCAAUACCAGACCUAGUAUUCAUGUUGUUAUCUGCAACGUAUUCAAUACCAGACCUAGUAUUCAUGUUGUCAUCUGCAACGUAUUCAAUACCAGACCUAGUAUUCAUGUUGUUAUCUGCAACGUAUUCAAUACCAGACCUAGUAUUCAUGUUGUCAUCUGCAACGCAUUCAAUACCAGACCUAGUAUUCAUGUUGUCAUCUGCAACGUAUUCAAUACCAGACCUAGUAUUCAUGUUGUUCUCAAAAUCAAUCUCGUCACUUUCGCUGUGUUUGUUCCUUUUCUCUGUCUGUCUGUCUGUUCUCUCUGUCACGGUCUGUCUGUCUGUUCUCUCUCUCUGUCUGUCUGUCUGUUCUCUCUGUCAUGGUCUGUCUGUCUGUUCUCUCUGUCUCGGUCUGUCUGUCUCUGUCUGUCUGUUCUCUCUCGGUCUCUGUCUGUCUGUUCUCUCUCUGUCUCUGUCUGUUCUCUCUCUUUAUCUGUUUCUCUCUCUCAAUUCAAUUUCAAUUUAAGGGGCUUUAUUGGUAUGGGAAACAUAAGUUUACAUUGCCAAAGCAAGUGAAAUAAACAGAACAGUAAACAUUACACUCACAAGUUCCAAAAGAAUAAACACAUUUCAAAUGUCAUAUUAUGUCUAUAUACAGUGUUGUAACAAUGUGCAAAUAGUUAAAGUACAAAUGAGAAAAUAAAUAAAUAUAUAUGGGUUCGAUUCCCACAGGGGGUAUAAGAAAAAAAUGUAUAAUAAUGUGACUAAACUGUAAGUCGCUCUGGAUAAGAGCGUCUGCUAAAUGACUUAAUGUAAAUGUAAAUGUAAAUAUGGGUUGCAUUUACAAUGGUGUUUGUUCUUCACUGGUUGCCCUUUUCUUGUGGCAACAGGUCACAAAUCUGGCUGCUGUCUCUUGCUGUCUCUCUCUGUACCAUCUCUCUCUCCCUCUCUCUCUCUUUCUAACCCCUCUCUCUCUAUACCCUCAAUCUCUCUCUCUACCCUCACUCUCUCUCUACCCUCACUCUCUCUCUACCCUCCUCUCUCUCUACCCCUCUCUCUCUACCCUCUCUCUACCAUCUCUCUCCCUCUCUCUUUCUAACCCCUCUCUCUUUCUAACCCCUCUCUCUCUACCCUCUCUCUCUACCAUCUCUCUCCCUCCCUCUCUCUUUCUAACCCCUCUCUCUCUUCCCUCUCUCUUUCUAACCCCUCUCUCUUUACCCUCUCUCUCUCUACCAUCUCUCUCUCCCUCGCUCUCUCUUUCUAACCCCACUCUUUCUAACCCCUCUCUCUCUCAGGUUGUUUGGUGAAGAUGAGGACAAGGAGGAGGGGGUGGAGUCAGAAGGGUCAGAGGUCACGGUGCCCGUCCAGGCAUGUCCAUCAUACGCCGCCACUGUUGCCAUACCAACCACCGGCCCAGUCACUACCACGCUCACAGGUGUGUGUGUGUGUGAGAGAAAAGACAUCAGCGAGAGAGAGAGAGAGAGAUGGACGGAAAGAGAGAUUUGUGUUGUAUCUGUAAAGGUGUGUGUGUAUAACUUUACCUGUAACCUCUCUCCUCUCCUCCCCAGGUUACUCUGAGGACGGUGGGGCUAAGAAAGGCGAGGUGAUCCCAGAACAUGAGUUUGCCGCGGGUCCCGUCUGUCUAGAUGAUGAGAAUGAGUUUCCUCCAGUGAGCAACCAGCAACUCUCCUAGCCUGGUCCUAUACAGAAAUAGUAGUCCUGCUAACUCUCCUAGCCUGGUCCUAUACAGAAACAGUAGUCCUGCUAACUCUGCUAGCCUGGUCCUAUACUGAAACAGUAGUCCUGCUAACUCUGCUAGCCUGGUCCUAUAGAGAAACAGUAGUCCUGCUAACUCUCCUAGCCUGGUCCUAUAUAGAAACAGUAGUCAUGCUAACUCUGCUAUCCUGGUCCUAUACUGAAACAGUAGUCCUGCUAACUCUGCUAGCCUGGUCCUAUACUGAAACAGUAGUCCUGCUAACUCUGCUAGCCUGGUCCUAUACUGAAACAGUAGUCCUGCUAACUCUCCUAGCCUGGUCCUAUACUGAAACAGUAUAGGCCGCGGGUCCUGCUAACUCUCCUAGCCUGGUCCUAUAGAGAAACAGUAGUCCUGCUAACUCUGCUAGCCUGGUCCUAUACUGAAACAGUAGUCCUGCUAACUCUCCUAGCCUGGUCCUAUAGAGAAACAGUAGUCCUGCUAACUCUGCUAGCCUGGUCCUAUAGAGAAACAGUAGUCCUGCUAACUCUGCUAGCCUGGUCCUAUAGAGAAACAGUAGUCCUGCUAACUCUCCUAGCCUGGUCCUAUACUAAAGGACAGCUCCUAGUUAGUGGUAAGCAACAGUAGUACCUCUGGGAUACUGAGCCUAGAAGGACAUAAAGUAGAAUCAGAUCACAUUUAAAGAGUUGACCAUACUCUCUUUAUAUUCCACUCUGGUGCCAGCUAGGGUCCAUUUAGAAACAUAGUAACUAUAAUACUAGCCUAGUCCCCUUCCCUACCCCCUACUACCCCUUAUAACAGUGGCCCAGUUUAGCAAGGCCUCCACACUAACUUCUACAAAACAAUGGGCUUAACUCCUACAGUAUACACUGAGUGAACAAAACAUUAGGAACACCUCAAUUUGUCGGGGCUUGGACUCUUCAAGGUGUUGAAAGCGUUCCAUAGGGAUGCUGGCCCAUGUUGACUC